UAAUUUCCUCUUCUCUGUUGAAUUGAUUAUUUACCCUCUUUUUCAAAUUUCAUAGUUUCGCCUGCGUCCACCUCCCUCCGGGUUCCGUCCCUGAACGCCAUCCAAUAAUUAUUGCAUAAAUAAUGGGGAAACAAUUUGAUUCAGAAUAUUAAUUAAAAGAAUUGUUUUCGGAUUAACAUAUUUCCGACGAUGACCACAUAUCAGCCGCAAAUACGAUCCAGACGACUCUGAUUUGGACCAGGUAGUUCGGUUCAGGACCACGAGUACACCAAACGGAUCUACCAUGCUGACAGAAAGCAGACAACCCCAUACAAAUAAGUAUCCAAAUUCGGGCACAACGGUCACACUAAGGGCAUUUGCGUCCAAUCAUAAAGUGAAAGUUCUCCCGAUCAAAGCAACUUUCGGUUGCUGUCACAGUGACACGAAUCAUAACUCGGCUCAAAUUGCACUUGGCCCCUUAAACACGUGAAACUUGUUUCCAAAAUUUUUGCCCACCGAAAAUUUUCAUUUACGGUUCUAACCCUUUGUACCUUCGCUUUGCCUUUGUUUAUUUAUCGCUCCAACACAUUCACGGAUGGUCAAACUUUGGAACGUGGAAAACACAGAACUAUCUCUUCAGUUAUGGCCGCGAUUCGUUUUACUGUAACUUUCCUUCUUCUGACUCUGUUACUGGGAGUAAAUAAAGCAAAAUCACAAUCAUUUAUUGGUGUAAAUUAUGGCCAAGUUGCCGACAACCUACCUUCACCAGCAGCCACUGCAAAGCUUCUCCAAUCCACUUCAAUCCAAAAGGUCAGGCUAUACGGGUCUGACACAGCAAUCAUCAAAGCGCUAGCCAACACUGGUAUUGGCGUCGUCAUUGGCACGUCCAACAGUGACAUCCUCGCCUUAGCCUCAGACCCAAGUUUUGCCAAAAACUGGGUGAGCACCAACGUAGUUGCAUAUUAUCCGUCCAGCAAAAUCAUCCUUGUAACCGUUGGUAACGAGGUUAUCAUGUCGGGAGAUAAAAAUUUGAUAACUCAAUUGUUGCCAGCCAUGCAAAAUGUCAAGAAUGCCCUCGAUGCGGCCUCGUUGGGGGAUACAGUGAAGGUCUCGACGGUGCAUUCAAUGGCUUUAUUGAAACAGUCUGAGCCGCCAUCUUCUGGGAGCUUCGACCCGAGUUUUGGAGACGUGUUGAAGGGGCUCUUGGCGUUUAACACUGCUACUGGUUCUCCUUUUGCGAUUAAUCCGUAUCCUUAUUUCGCUUACAGGAGCGAUCCAAGGCCUGAAACGCUGGCGUUCUGCUUGUUUCAACCGAAUUCUGGGCGUUUUGAUGCCAACACGAAAAUCAUGUACAUGAACAUGUUCGAUGCUCAGGUGGAUGCUGUUCGUUCUGCAUUGAAUGCCAUGGGGUUUGAGAAUGUUGAGAUUGUGGUUGCUGAGACAGGUUGGCCGUACAAAGGAGACAGUGACGAAGUAGGACCAAGCGUUGAGAACGCUAAGGCUUACAAUGGAAACUUGAUUGCACACCUUCGAUCAAUGGUGGGAACUCCACUGAUGCCAGGGAAAUCGGUUGACACAUAUCUCUUUGCUUUGUACGAUGAGGACUUGAAACCAGGACCAACUUCCGAAAGAUCCUUCGGGCUUUUCAAGUCUGAUCUUACCGUGACUUAUGACAUUGGUCUCUCAAAGAGCAGUCAGACUCCGGUGACUCCGACAAUGCCAAAGACACCAGUGACACCAUCGUCACAGCCAAAGAAAGCAGAUUGGUGUGUACCAAAGCCUGGUCCUUCGGAUGCCCAAUUGCAGGCAAGUUUGGAUUACGCUUGUGGACAAGGCAUAGACUGUAGUCCAAUUCAACCUGGAGGGGCUUGUUUUGAACCAAAUACAUUAGCAGCACAUGCUGCAUAUGCCAUGAAUCUCUUCUAUCAAACUGCUGGUCGGAAUCCAUGGAACUGUGAUUUCUCACAAACAGCCAUGCUUUCUUCCAACAACCCAAGCUAUAAUGGCUGCACUUACCCUGGUGGAAGUACCUGAAAAAGGGCAUGAUCGGACAGAUGAACAAAAGGGCAAUGGGCAACUUUUGCUGUUCUUAUUCUCAUUUAGUAGUGGGUUAGGCAUCAUCAUCUUUCACUAAUGGUAGUGGGAGAUUGGCACAAGUUCUUCGUUUUGCACCUUCCCUGUACUUGAAAAAUUAUGCUGCAGUGAUAUUGUGAUGCGUGUGAAAAUUUGUUUAUGUCAAGGCAAAAAAAGAAGAAAAAAAAAGAUAAAAGAAAUGUUUGCCUAUUUAUUUAGAAAUUAGGAGGCCAUGUCUCGUUGUAUGUGUGUAUUUAGGGACAACUCUUAAAGAUUUGAUGAAAAAUGUAAGUGCUUGAAAUUUUAGUGCAGAAGGAAUGUGAUUUAGAGGUGUGAGCUAACAAAGUUACAUGGCAGGCCUUUGACUGGAUAAUGUUGCUUGUUAUGCUUCAAGCCUUCGACUACGUUGUUCAAUGAAACAAAAAUAUUAUAACAACCAAGCAAGCUGAGUCAAACCCACGUGUUUGGUUCAAUUUAUUUUUCAGCUAACAUAUUUCCUAAUUAUCCUAACAACCUUGAUUCGAUAGUUCGUUAUUCUCGCUUGAGGGAGGAGAGAGAGAAACAGAGGCAGAGGCAGAAAAGGAAGGAAAGGGCCAAAAAGGAAGAGAAUGGGAACGAGGGAGAGGGAUAGAGAUCGGGAGCUGCUUAUCCCAGUCGCAACAAUCUCUGAAAAUGGA